CGUCGCCUUGGCAACCGGCGCGAGGCCCGUUUUGAAAGAGGAGGCGCCUCCUCCCCUGAGGGGAAAACCGACGAGGGGCGCUUUUUCUCCCCCCUCACUCCCCGUGAGACUGAGAGUCGUCGAGCGAGGGCUUCCCUCAUGGCGGGCGGGAAGGCUCCGGUGAGGAAAUCUGCCGCUCCCGGCUCUUUCGUUUACGUUUCGGCCUCCGGCUUGGUCUCCCGGGGGACACAUCAACGCCGGGGAAGGCUUGAGGCCUAGUGAGGGUUUUCUCAACUGCCAUUCUUGGAGGCCUUUGGAUUAUGUAAGAAUUUGAUGGAAUUCCUUGAGAGCUGAAGGGCAAAAAGAUCCAGCAUUCAUUUGGAUACAGGUCCCUUAGCGCUCCAGGUCCAUCCACAACAUGGCAGAAGGCGGCUUUGACCCCUGCGAGUGUAUUUGCGCGCAAGAGCACGCCAUGAGGAGGUUGAUCAACCUGUUACGGCAAUCUCAGUCCUACUGCACGGAGACGGAAUGUCUUCAGGAACUGCCGGGACCAAACCCAUCGGCUGAGAACGACAUGAGUGUCACAAUGAUAAUGGUGGGCUGGCUGGUCAUUGCACUGGUCUUGUUCUUGAUGAGACCCACCAGCUUACGGAGAUCGAUCACUUCCGAAAAGCCGUCGAGCCCACAUAAUGGACAAGAACCACCAGCUCCACCAGUGGACUGAAGUUUCCUGGAAAAACUCAACAAGUUUAAUCUUCAGUGACCAAAAAAAAGAGCAUUCCUUAUCAUUGUAUAGUAGGGACUUAUUUUGUACAUAGAAUAUCCAUUUUCUUUUUCUAUUUCUUAAGCGACAUUUAAAUAGAUUAACUUAACGUGGUGGGAAGUAACAGCAUUUCAUUGAUGGGUGUUGAACUUAUGUCCACUACAAUAUUUAAAGGAAAAAAAAGUUAAACCUCUCUAUUGAUAAUCAGUUGCUCUUGUUCAGACUAGUGGGUUUUCUCUUCCUAUCUACUUAGAGAUUAAAAAUUGCAGUAAAUUCCUCUGUGAUCUUCACCCAUUUUGUGGGGGAAAUCCGCAAAAGUUCCUUCCAGUGUGUCCAUUUUCAAAAAGUUCAUAUACUACAGCCUUCUCCAAUUAGUGCCUUUUGCAUAUGUUGAAUAUUAUGUCGUAUUCCUAGCUGGCAGAGUCAACAAUCCAGAUGAUUUCACAUUAAGAAAGCUGAUGUAAACUAGUUAUAGUUUUAUCAAUGAAACAGUUUAUUUAGAGGAGGGGAGAGAGGAGAGAGGAAGGAAGGAAGGAAGGAAGGAAAAUAAGUUAACAAAUAAAGCCUGAAUAAUUAAAAUUUACAUUGAAAACUAGUCCCACUCUUAUACAACGAUUUUCCUUCACUGCAAUUGCUUAAAAGCUUCUGUAGUCAAAAUCAACUUCUGGAUUGCAUUAGAUUAACACAUUUUUUUACAUGUUAUUCAAAUGUCGAUGGAAUACUGUCACAGCCAAACACUUUGCCUCAUGAGGCCACAGCACAGAAUUUGCCAAAAACUGCAGAUUUCGAGUGGUCUUCCCUUUAGAAAUAAGAAGCAAAAUUGGCGUGUUAAGCUUCUAUGAAGCUCAACCUGUUGAUGUUACACCCUUUCCUAAAAAAAAAAAAGAUCAAAACCAGGGAAGUCCAAUCUUGGCAAUUUUAAAACUUGUGAACUUCAACUCUCAGAAUUCUGGGAGUUGACGUCUACCAGUAGGUUGAAGCCCACAGAGAUAACCUCAUGUCUUCUUGUUAUAAAAAAGACAGCCCACUUUUACAGCGUGGUAAAUUACAGAGGGAAAUAACUACUGCUACAACCUUAAGAUCAGUUUUGAAAAACAAACAUUGAAUUAUUCCAUUACGGGAAAGUUCACUUGAAAUUAAAUGAGGACAUUCCUGGAAUUUGAGGGCAGAUUGACUUUCCCAAAUCUAUGGAUUAGUGUUAACCUAGGUUUGCAGGGAAAAUUUCAUACUGAAAGCACUGUUCUUUCUACGAAUGGAAAUCGACAAGAGUAUCUGCCAGUUGCCAACAGUUCGCCCAUAAAAAAACCCCAAACGUUUAGGUUUGCUUGAGUGAUUGCCAUUUUUAAAAUUGAAUGUUCUGUGCGUUGCCAAUCAUCUCAGCUACUUAAGAGUCUCCCCCAAAAUACAGGGAGCAAACAUUUAUCCCCCCCCCCCCAUUUGUGAGCGUAGUUGUGAUUUUGGGAAGGGAAUGUGUAGGUUUUUUUUUUACUUUGCAAAUAUCUUCUACAAAUAGAAGGUUAUUUCCAAGAAUUAAAAUUAUUACCUGCAUCAUGAAGCAACAGAAGGACAUAAAUAACAGUCUGGGAAUACAGAAUCACCUACAGACUUGGUGUUUCUGGGUGCUGAGCAGUGGUGGGAUUCAACCGGUGUAACAGCCGGCUUGCUGAGUGCGCGCAUGAAGUGCAUUUAAAAACAAGUGAAAAACUUACCUUCUACUGCAGCCCCCGUGAGUAAAACAGCCGAGGUGGGGCUAUCCGCUCUACGGCACUGAUCAGCUGGGCUUCAAACGAAGGAAAUAUAGGUCAGUAUAGCGCAGGGGCGGGCGGAUUGUCGGAGCUAUCAGUUCACUCGAACCGGUCUGAACCUGCUGAAUCCCACCAUUUAAAAUGCUUCAUGUUUGGUUAUCGAAGCUAACCAGGAUGCCAACCGGUUACAAAAACCCCUCUCUCUCCAUAGGAUUCAAAAUCACAGUUCUCUCUCUGUAGCCUUUCCUUGGUUUCAACUGUAAUUCUGUUAGCGACAGAACGUGUGAGGUGCAAAGUGGCUUUGAAGGCUGACACCGUUGUUUGGCUUCUUCAAACUGGCCCUUCGGUGAGAGAACGUGCCCAAACAGCCAAGGAACCAAAAAGCCUUGUGAAAAUUUGCAUUCUUGUACAUUUAAGGUAGCCUUCCUGCUGCAUUUUUAAAAUUCCUUGAAUUACUAUCAAGGACAAUGCAAGGGGAAUAUAGUUCCAGUGUAAAGUUAUGCAAAGGUUCUAUGUUUUAAAAAGUUUCUGAACCGUCAGGGCAGCCAAAUCCUGAGUUUAAUCUGUUGAUCUGCUCAGUGAGAGUAACUGUAUUUUUCGGAGUAGAAGAUGCACUUCUUUCCGCCCCUAAAAGAGGGUGAAAAAUUGAGUGUGUCUUAUACUCUGAAUGUGGUGUGCUUUUGAAGCUGUUUAUUAUCCCCAUCGAGGAUGUGGGCUCACAACCAGAGAAUUAAUGUGCUGAAACUGACCAGGCUAAGGAUGCUAGCCAGAUGAACACUUUUUUUUCUUGUUUUUCUCCUCAAAAACUAAGGUGCAUCUUAUACUCUGGAGCGUCUUAUACUCUGAAAAAUACGGUAACUGCUAAGUAAGCAUGCCUAACAUUGCAUUUUUAAUGCCAAGAAGAAUCCUCCCGUUUUUUCUUAACCGUUUUCAAAAAACACGCCAAGAGUUUUCUCCAACCUGCCAAAUUCAUUUUAACAAGCCUACAGUCCUUUUUUAUUUAUUUAUUGGGCCUUAAGAUUUUUUUAAAAAUCAAGAGGAGUUAUCCACAUGCUCAUUAGAAAAACCUUAACAUUUCAAUCUCUUUUGUUGGAUCCAAAUAGUUUAGGAGGGUUGGACUGGAACCUGAACAUCAUAGUUUCUCAUUCAUCCUUAGCCCCAGAAAUUCACUGAUGACUCAAACUAUUUCAGCAAGGUGUGACUGUGAAACAAACUGGAAUAGGUAAACCUCUAUACAUUUCCUUUAAUCCUUAGAGAAGACCAGUCUAACAAAUAUAAUAAGGUUGUUGGACAUCACUUUUCCAUUCCAUUUCAUUCCACCACCACUCCGGCAAAAAUAUUGUAGGGAAACUUGGUGAAGGCAGUGAGUUGUCGAGAGACCUAAUGCUUGCAAACUGGAAGAUGUAAGUUACAGGCAAGUAGGAUUUUACUAUCCGAGUUACUUCUGAACCUCCCCGAGUCUUAAAAUCCAGUUCUUGCUGGAUUUGAAGGAUGGGAAACGUAUUUCAACUAAUCCUAGUAACUCAACCUAAUUCAUCUGCUGUUUAUUUGUACGAGGAUUAAGGAUGUAUGCUUUAAAAGUUUCUCAGUUUUUACACCUUUCAGCAAGCUUGGGUAACAGAUCCAUCCACUGAUAACUACAUUUGGUCAAUUUAUUUCAAGGAAGGGAUCUACCGUUUGUAUUAAUGCCAAUGUGGGAGCAGUCUGUCCCAACCUGUGUUCAUAAAAUGCUAUUUUUUAGAUUUUGGAGAUUCACUCUUUUAGCCAGGGAAUAACAUUAAAGAAUUCUUCGGAAUUGUUUUAAGAAUUACAGCACUGUGUUUGGGGCAUUUCAUGAUUCCUCUUAAAAUAGCGUUUGAGAACCUUUCUGUGUUUCAUUUUUUAAAAAAUGUUGGUUACUUUUCAUGCAAGUUUGUUCAUCUUUACCAACCUUUCUAAGGUUGGCAGAACAGCUCAAAAAUGUGACACAGUUACGAGUCCUAGGGCUGAAUAGAUUUAUUUUGUUCUCAAGAAUAAUUUGUUGAUAUAAACAUUUGGACAGAGAGAAACUGAAGAAGCAAAAUGUGAAUUAAUGUACAGCUUGUUCCAGGGCCAUUUUAUGAAACCACAACAUUGCAACAGAGCCACAAAUAUAAUCUGUUAACAGAUACAAUAACCAUUGUGUUAAAGGUUCACUACAGGACAAACCAAAUUUACAGCCCAUACAUUGGUUUUAUUGACUUUUUUUUUCUACUUUAAGUGAAUAAACUAGAUUUAUUCUAAGCUAGAAUAAGAUGGACGAUUAUGAUGACUUGUUUAAAAAGCUGGUUUAUGGGAUGAUGGUAAGAUUAGCAGAAUUUAGAAACCCCAGCAAAGUGUGGGGGAGGGAUUUUGAUUGUGAAAAUAUGGUCCAGAAAAGUUUUGGAAAUUCUUUUUCUGACAUUGCAGCUUUUAUAUAACCCCAGCCACUGAUUAAACUCAGAAAAAAAAAUGAACAUAGUUUUUUCUACUUACUGAAUUUCUACAGCAUUUAAUGUUUAAACUUUAGGUGUCAGAAUUGACGUUUCACAUUCACCUAUGAACUGCGACAGCUCUUUCUGCCUUAGUUUAGAAUAUGUCUCGCGGACAAAAAGAUUGAAUAUACUGUGAUGGGUUUUAUUGAUUUAAAUUGUCUGAAUUAUGCCAAACGGAAAAGAUCUGUGCCAUGUUAUAAUCCUUUUACUACAAGAUUUGCUGUGAAAUAAAGGGCUUGUUCUAUGCACUUUUUUAAAAAAAAAACAUUCUCUCGACAAAUAGAACCACUAAUAAAACUUCUCAAAAGUC